GACGAGUAACAUCUCGACAGUGCGAUAGAGCUGUUCUCUGUUAUCCUUCAUCUCUAAAGUCCUUCACAUAGAGCUACGGUGACUUUCUGAUGGAUCUGGAAGGUGGCUCGUAUGAGCCUGGGUUUGUGGGCAUCCGCUUCUGUCAGGAGUGUAAUAACAUGUUGUAUCCCAAAGAGGAUAAAGAAAACCGCAUCCUGCUCUAUGCUUGCAGAAACUGCGACUAUCAACAAGAAGCCGACAACAGCUGCAUCUAUGUGAAUAAAAUCACCCAUGAGGUGGAUGAACUCACUCAGAUUAUUGCAGACGUGGCUCAAGAUCCAACACUGCCUCGGACAGAGGACCACCCUUGCCCAAAGUGUGGCCACAAGGAGGCGGUGUUCUUCCAGUCUCACAGCAUGAAGGCUGAGGAUGCCAUGAGGCUUUACUAUGUGUGUACUGCCCCACACUGCGGCCACAGAUGGACAGAAUGAGGAGGAUAAAGCCACGAAAGACACAAGAUGAAGUGUUCUGGGGUCGUGCGUCUCUAUGGUUCCAUUCCAGAGCAUCAUUUCUCAGUUUAGGGGACGUCUGUUGUGGAGUGGACAUGUCUGACUGGUGACCCAACUGUAGGUCACUGAUGCAUUCGUGAAUAACCUGGUGUAUCAUUUUAGUGCACGAACACCACCGACUCGUCCUUUGACCCGAAGUGUUUAUAGUUUUUCAUUUUAAUUCUACAGUGUAUUUUUUUUGAAGGUUUGUAAUAAAAUAUUUUAAAAAUA